AUGUCUUCUGCCAUUUCAUUACCCACCACCGCCCACAACUUGGUCCAACGGCGGACUGCCACUCCUUUAUCCGGGAAAAGUCAUACCAACAACAGUGUUACCCAACUUAGUCGACCACAAAAGACUUCUAGGCCCGACCAAUGGUGGCUGUUGAGCGUGCCUGCGUUCCUAAUCGCCGCUUAUGCUGCCAAUUUCCUCAUCGACGUGUACCGAGUGGGCGACUCUGCAAUCAUUGACCGCAUUCGCUCCUCACUCUUCGGGAUUAGCCACAUUGUGGGUGGGCUGACUGCCAUGCUGCUGGGCCCCUUUCAAUUCCUUGCUAGCAUCCGACGGAAAUAUCCCAAAGUCCAUCGGUGGAUAGGUCGUUUAUAUGCACUGGGAAUUUUGAUGGGUGGGAUCAAUGCAUUCUACGUGUCCUUCACUUCUCUAUGUCGUCCUCUGGGUCAGUACGCAUUCGCGUUUCUAGGGUUGAUUUGGUUGGCGACCGCAGCCAUGGGAAUGAGCACAAUAUGGUCUGGUCAAGUCGCUCAACACCGGAAUUGGAUGGCCCGAAACUUUUCUCUCACCUAUGCCGCUGUCAUGUUGCGCUGGCAGCUACCACUGUUUAUUUCUCUUGGUAUGGAAACAGAGCCGGCAUUGACGCUCACGGGUUUCACGAGCUGGAUUCCAAACCUGAUUUUCGCUGAAUGGUGGAUCAUUCGACAAACUCCCAAGAGAGCAUCCGAUUAA